UACAAUAAAUAUUUAUUUAUUAACCAGGUUAGGAUAAACCAGAGGUUUAAUGAGAACGUAUGCAUGAGGCAGAGUUCUAUGAUUAGCAUGGCUAUCUCAAAUGUCCGAAAAGAUCUUCUAGGCCAACCACUUCAGCUUCUCUCAGGUGUGGAUAUAUUGGGCAAUGCAAGUAGUGCACUUGGACACAUGAGUAAAGGUGUAGCUGCAUUGUCUAUGGAUAAAAAAUUCAUUCAAAGUCGACAGAGACAGGAAAGUAAAGGUGUGGAGGAUUUUGGUGAUGUAAUAAGAGAGGGUGGUGGAGCAUUCGCUAAAGGUUUAUUCAGAGGGGUAACUGGCAUUUUAACAAAACCUCUGGAAGGAGCAAAAUCUUCUGGUGUUGAGGGUUUUGUUCAGGGUGUUGGGAAGGGAAUUAUUGGUGCAGCUGCGCAGCCAAUGAGUGGAGUUUUGGAUCUUCUGUCAAAAACAACUGAAGGUGCUAAUGCUAUGAGAAUGAAAAUUGCGUCUGCUAUAACAUCAGAUGAACAACUUCUUCGGAGGAGACUGCCUCGUGUUAUAAGUGGUGAUAAUUUGCUUACACUAUAUGAUGAGUACAAAGCUCAAGGACAGGUGAUACUGCAGUUGGCCGAAUCAGGUUCCUUUUUUGGUCAGGUUGAUCUGUUCAAAGUUCGUGGAAAGUUUGCCUUAUCAGAUGCUUAUGAAGAUCACUUCAUGCUUCCAAAAGGAAAAAUUCUCAUGGUCACGCAUAGAAGAGUCAUACUAUUGCAACAACCAUCCAAUAUUAUUGCUCAGAGGAAAUUCAGCCCUGCACGGGAUCCAUGCUCAAUAUUGUGGGAUAUUCUGUGGGAUGACCUUGGUACCAUGGAAUUAACUCAUGGCAAAAAAGACAACCCGAAAGGUCCCCCCUCAAGGCUCAUUUUGUAUUUGCAGUCUAGGGCAUUGGAUACGAAAGAAAAUCAUCGCAUUAUAAAAUGCAUCCCAGAAACUCGUCAAGCUCUUCAAGCUUACUCUUCUAUUGAGCAUGCAUUGAACACAUAUGGCCCAGGAGUAUCAAAGGGAGUACUGAAAAAUAAAGUGAAAAAGCCAUAUUCACCCCAUAUUGAUGCCCCUAGCGCUGACCUAUCCCCCCAACAGAUGCCUGGAUCAACCCCUCUCUCCUCAACUUUUGGAAGCAGCGCCCAUCACUAGGACCAUCAUUGUUCAUCACUUUCAACAGUCUAGACAGUCCUGUGCUCUAAUGAAUAUUUAUCACUGUACUUGAUCAAGAUGAAGCCCAGUUGCCCUUCAGUUUCAAAGGUAUCACUUUUUUCCAUUUUUCGCACCACCCAUAUCAGCAUUGAGAUUACAAUGCUGGUUUCUGGAACCAUAUACCUGCCCGAUGAUAACAGUUACGGUUAGUUGGAGGGAAUUAGUUCGAUAUCUAUGAAUCCUGUAGAAGGCCCGUGUCUCCCAUUUUUUGUUAAAAUAUAAUAUCCAAUAGUUCUUGUAUUAUAUUGAAUGUAAUAGCUUUUGUUGUACAUAUAAAAAAUCACAUAGCUCAGAUAGGAGGAUCCUACUUUCC